AUGAAACCGUGGUGCGCCUUACCACAAAUGUACGAUGAUGACGAAACCAGCGAUUCUGAAAGCGGCGAAGAUCCGUCGACAGCGGAACGUGGUCGUUCCGAAGCUUCAGGAAAGGCCGAACUCAAGCAGCUAGUCUCAGAGUCGGAUGAACAUGGCGAGCGCUUCCAUCAAGUGGCAAUGCCAAUGGAAACGCGAUAUAAAGGCAAAAGGCUCGAUUCGCUGGUGGCUGAAAUUUGUUGGUGGUCGCAAAAGACGUACGAUCCCGACAAUGAAGAUGAAGAAGAAGAAUAUACAAUGGGAGUUUCCUCCGAGGAUGAAGACAGAUCCUCAUCCGAUACAGACUCUGAACAAGUGGGCGAACCACCACGCAAGAAAGUAAAGGGCGCAAACAAACGAAAAUAAGUUUUGCGUUCAUCGAUUUUUAUAACCUAUGUAUCUAUGUAAUAACCUAAUAAUUA